GCUGGUCUGCGCAUGCUUUGAGGACGCUGCUAGGGAUGCGGUUUGGCUGGCAGUUUUGCGAGGGUUAACACUCUUAAAUCUCUUCCUCACCUCAGCCAAGAUUGUUUAGUUUAUAAUCUGCGCAAUGAUGUGCCAAAUCGUUCAUUUAGUGUAUUUUUAUUGGGUCAUUAGAAUAAGCUUCCAUAUGUGGUAAUAUUUCUCUAGGAGCGGAUCCGUGCAGUAUUGUGAAAUAAUUAUAUGGUGAAAGCAGUGCGGCGUUUUUAAACGUUUUUAUCCUAUCGGUAUCGAAACCUGGUCCAAUGACGCACAGCGACCGCUCUCUCUGGGUGGUGUUUUCUCUCUGGGCAGUGUUUUGGGAAACGCAUGAUCCAUCUUCGACUGUUGAAGGAAAGAUGCAUCGUUAAAACACUCGUAAACCUACAUUCGGGAAACCGGGCCCAGGUUAGGUGUACGUGUAUCACCUUUCAGUUCAAGAAACGGGUUUCUCUAUUUGUCCCAAUGUAUGUAUAGUUUUUCCUUGUGGUGUAUCCGUAGUUGGUGAUACGCAUUGUGAAGAAGAAUGUUGAUGUUGUUGAAGAGGAAGACUCAGUGGUAAACAAACUCCAAAUCGUGUAAUUCGCUUGUCCUGGCUGGAGACUGAGUGAAGGAUCAUGGGUAACACAGGUGACCGGAUGUCCGGUGAUCGCCAUGGCGCUAAGGCCCAUCGAUCAGACAGCAGAGGCAGCGACAAAGACCAUGAGCCCAGCAAGAUGGUGGACAGCACAGACGAUCCUAACAUCUUCAACACAUACGGACUGGGGUCCUCCAAGGCGUCGGACAAGGAGGAGCCUGACCUGGAUGACUUGGUGAAGACAGGGCCUCAGUCCAGACCUACAGUCAUCCGCUGGGCCGGAGGAGGGAAGGAGGUCUACAUCGCGGGCUCCUUCAACAACUGGGGCAACAAGAUCCCCCUCAAUAAGAGCCACAAUGACUUUGUAGCGAUCCUGGACUUGCCAGAGGGAGAGCACCAGUACAAGUUCUUUGUGGACGGACAGUGGGUCCAUGACCCCUCAGAGCCAGUGGUGACCAGCCAGUUGGGCACCAUCAACAACCUGAUCGAGGUGAAGCAGUCGGACUUUGAGGUGUUCGAUGCUCUGCAGGUGGACUCUCUGGAGUCUACCGACACCUCAGAUCUGUCCAGCUCCCCUCCAGGGCCCUAUGGACAGGAGCAGUACAUGUUUAGGCCUGAGGAACGCUUCAAAGCCCCGCCCAUCCUCCCCCCACACCUCCUCCAAGUCAUCCUCAACAAGGACACCAACAUCUCUUGCGACCCAGCCUUGCUGCCUGAACCCAACCACGUGAUGCUCAACCACCUUUAUGCUCUCUCAAUAAAGGAUGGCGUGAUGGUGCUCAGUGCGACUCACAGAUAUAAGAAGAAGUACGUCACAUCUCUGCUCUACAAGCCCAUCUAACCUGUCUGUGUAGGUGCAGAUAGAGGGCGGCAUGUUAACACUGUACUGGGUUUAACCAUCGUGUAGCUGAGAUUGCACGAAACUAACAGUUUACUGAUGAGACUGGGGGCAAAUCUCAAAGGACACCCUUUUCUUUGUCCAGUGACCUACAGGGCUCCACAAAGGGCUCAAAGUAAUGCACUCGAUGGGGAAUAGGGUUUCAUUUGAGUCUCAGCGUGUGACCCUCACAAGGGAAAAUACUUAGCAUUCACAGUUUGAUAGCGAUAAGAAAAGGGACUGAGAAGGAGACUACUGUGUGUGUUUGUGUGGAGCACUUCUUUGCAUGUGGGCGUGUAGAAAGAACAUUUAGUUCCAUUAAAAACAUGACGGUUUGAAGAAAAGACCUGAUGGAACUUGGAAAUGCAUAUAAUCAAGAUGAUGUUUUAUUAAAUGAGCUUUUAAAAGAUAUGAACACGGAAAGAGGGCCGUUGAAUGUCGCUGGCUUGGAUUAUGAUCCCGUUCUUUCUCCGUAUUAUUACUGUAGUUGGACAUGACUGGAGUAACUUCCUGGUUUGGUCCCAAUGGGUCGAUGACCACUAAUCGAACCAUGAUAUGCAAUUGGAUAGGCUGUAAAUUGAACUGAAUUAUAAUGAAGUCAAAGUAUAACAAAGGAUGGGAAUGAUAUCGUAUAGCCCGUUUCAGCCUAUCACACUGGCCAAAUCAACUUUGUUCCCACGUCAUUUCAAUGUUAGGACGUCUGUGCUCAUUGGGAUAUGAUUCACACUUUUGAAAAAUGGGAAAAUCCCUUUAAACUACUGUAGAGGCCUCGUAUUAAUUAGAGUAUAUUAACGAGGGGUUCUCGUUGGGGAAUGUUGGGCCGUGGCUGUAGACCUGUGCUUUAUGUCUUUAGGACACGGUGAUGCAAGCACUUGAGUUACCCACCCAUGUGUCUCCAACAAAUGCUUUAAGCAGGACUGUUGACAUAAGCUUUUAACUAUGCAGGUAUACGGAAAAAUAUUGCAAAUUAGCUUUAUGUUGGACCUCUGUGUCCAAGCUGCAUUUUCUAGGCCUAGAUACAGAAAUGGCUGCGCUACGUGUCUCUCUAGCCCAUUUUCUAUUUAUCCAAUAGGAAUCUAUUUGUCUGUGUGCCAUAUUUAUAGCUUACACUCCCAAAUACUGGUUUGUCUUGAAAGUUGUGGAGCAAUUGAAUGUCUAGUACGAACAGUUUACUGUAGAAUAUGUGGUGGAUUUUAUGGAUUUCAUUCAAGAUUCAAAAUGUCAUUCUGUAAAGUAUAAAAUGGCCAAUAUGGAUUUGUCAAGAUUCAAAAUGUCAUUCAGUAAAGUAUAAAAUGGCCAAUAUGGAAUGUGGAAAAGUGUAAUUUACUUUCAUCAAGAUUGUUACAUUUGAGUGUUCUGUGAAUCAAACUUCACAUUUUUGACCAUACACCAUUUCAUAUUUGUACGUUGUAAGAGUACUGUACCUGUUGCUUUUGAUACCAGUAAUCAAUGUGGGCUGAUAUGUAGGUAUAUACUCCAAAGAGAAUAUAAAUAUAUAUAUAUGAGAUUUUAUUUGAAAAACUGAGUAAAGAAAUUAUUACUGAAAGCCAUAGCUCACUCUGAGACGAUACACUGCAAACACCUUCCUAAUAUUGAGUUACACCUCGCUUUGCCCUCAGCCUCAAUUCGUCAGGGCAGGGCCAUGGACUCUACAAGCUGUCAAGUGUUCCACAGGGAUGCUGGCCCAUGUCGACUCCAAUGCU